AUGAGGACUCUCUGUGUUUUAUUGUCCAUUGGAGUUGGUGUUCUUGCAAAGGUAAGCGGAAUUCUAGAGAAAUCCAGUCUGUGAAUUGAAAAUAACAAUGCCGUUGAAUAGAUAUUUCCUCGGCAAUGAAAUUUAUUGCUUUCCAGAUAACAGAGGAAACCUUCGGAACCGUCCAUGAUGGGAAGCUAAUGUUCACGAACUACGAACCGGUACAAUUUGCGCGGCAACCUCAGUCCGGCGGACAACGUAUCAGAAAUUUCCCUGCUUACCUGUGAGUUGAGAAAAAUGGCUAUGCAUUAUAACACCCUACUUUAGCGACGAUGAUGGGUAUUCUUACUUUGGGCAGGCUUACCAACGAGAAGACCUGGCCUUUUGCGCCGUUUUCAACGUCCGCCAAAAGAUUGUCAAGACUUGUGACCGUUUCAGAAUUUUGGUAAAUAUCCCUGGGAACGAGUAAGCGUGACAAAAUUUCGAUUCCUGUUGCAGAUACAACCUUCGCCGUUACGAAAACCUCAAAGAAUCAGACGAGAAAAUGACCAUUGGCGAUGCCACUCUUGUUCUUGCCAAGGAUAUUGAACGUGAAGGAGAUACUGUCUUCGGAACUCUCUUCCAAAGGAAUUCAGGACCACCUGUAGUGCAGUACAUUGAUUACAACUUCGAUGCCAAAGAACUAGUAUUGGAAGGCGGGGAGUCUUCAAAAUACGUCCUGUUUGUGGUCAAGAGCAAAUUGGAAUCAGAAUAA